AUGUUAAGAACUUCAAUUUCUAGUCCUUUGAGACAAUUUUUCAGGUUUCAGUCAACUGGUGCGGUUUCUGAAGCUACCGGCAGUGCAAAACAGUUGCCAAUUAACGUUGAGGCAGUUUACCACGCACCAUUGAAAAAUCCUAUUACACAUGGAGAUUUGAUAGCAGAUGUGCAACUGCGGUCGUAUGAUCAUGAAAACCUGGACUUUUAUGCGGAUUUCAUGUUGAGGGCCGGUUUUUACCUGGGAAUGCCGUUGACCGGUCCCAAACCACUACCCACAAGAAGAGAGCGCUGGACGGUGAUAAGAUCACCGUUUGCUCAAGCCAAAUCGAAGGAAAAUUUUGAAAGACACACUCACAAGCGUUUGAUCCGUGUGUGGGACACAAACCCGGAGGUUGUGGAGCUUUGGCUGAGCUACAUUGCCAAGCACUCAAUCGCAGGAGUGGGCAUCAAGUGCAAUCUGUACCAAAAAGAGGGCGUGAAACUGCAGGAAGCACUGGCACAAAGCUCCCUCUUGACCGAAGAGCAUAAGUCACAAUCGCUGGACGAAGUCGUGGGCGAAAAGGUCUUGGAGCUUUUGGAUAAUGAGGCCUUCAAGAAGCAUAUUGUAGAAAAAAGCUAA